AUGAACAUCCCAGUGGAUCUGAGGACCCUGCGUGCGGUCAGAGUGCUCCGGCCGCUAAAGCUGGUCUCUGGGAUUCCAAGCCUGCAGAUCGUGCUGAAGUCCAUUAUGAAGGCCAUGAUCCCACUGCUGCAGAUCGGCCUCCUCCUCUUCUUCGCCAUCCUCAUGUUCGCCAUCAUCGGCCUGGAGUUCUACAGCGGGAAGCUCCACCACACCUGCUUGCCCUCUUUCGACAUCCUCUACAAUGAGACGGUGGAUUCUUCUGAGUUGGCGUUUGCAUGUGGCGUGAGGAAGUGUCCGGAGAAAUACGACUGUAACGACACCUGGAUUGGGCCAAACGAUGGAAUAACGCAAUUUGACAAUAUACUUUUUGCCGUCCUCACCGUCUUCCAGUGCAUCACGAUGGAGGGAUGGACGGCUGUGCUCUACAAUACCAAUGAUGCUUUGGGAAUCACAUGGAAUUGGUUGUAUUUUAUCCCCCUCAUCAUCAUCGGUUCGUUCUUUGUGCUCAACCUGGUUUUGGGUGUUUUGUCUGGUGAGUUUGCCAAAGAGAGGGAGCGAGUGGAGAACAGACGAGCCUUCAUGAAGCUGCGUCGCCAGCAGCAGGUGGAGCGAGAGCUGAAUGGUUACAGAGCCUGGAUAGACAGAGCUGAGGAGGUGAUGUUGGCAGAGGAGAGUAAAAACUCAGGGAGAUCACCAUUAGACGUGCUAAAGCGAGCAAGCAAGAAAACUGGUGCGAGAAGAGGGGCCCCGGGAGACGACAAGACGUACACAGAUAUGUCCACAGCAAGUAUGUCGCGGUGCAGGAUGAACUUCCGCAGUGGUCGCCGCGGCCCGGCUGCUUACCUGCGCCGCAAAGAGAGGAUGUUACGCAUCUCCAUUCGGCGCAUGGUGAAGACAGACACCUUCUACCUGAUGGUGCUCAGUUUGGUGGCUCUCAACACCAUCUGUGUGGCCAUCGUGCACCACAACCAGCCCGGCUGGCUCACCAUCUUCCUCUGUGUGUACAAGGCAAAAUACAUGAAUGUGAAGCAUAGGUAUUGGGCCUCACUGAGAAAUCUGGUGGUUUCUUUGAUGAGUUCUAUGAAGUCCAUCAUCAGCCUGCUCUUCCUCCUCUUCCUCUUCAUUGUGGUCUUCGCUCUGCUUGGGAUGCAGCUCUUUGGUGGAAGUCUCCUCUGUCUGGUCUCCUCUAAACCCUCUGCCUCUGUCUGCUCCCACUUUAGGUUCAUCUUUGAGGAUUACACUCCCACCAACUUUGACACGUUUCCAGCUGCCAUCAUGACGGUGUUUCAGAUUCUGACCGGAGAGGACUGGAAUGAGGUGAUGUAUAAUGGGAUUCGCUCACAGGGUGGAGUACAGUACGGCAUGUGGUCGUCCAUAUACUUCAUAGUCCUCACGCUGUUCGGAAACUGUAUCCUUCUGCAGGCGAGAAAGACUCAUACUCGUACUCACCCCAACAUACUCUCGCACAUCUGCUUAGGAACACGAGAAUCCAUUUAUACGUGUUAUAUUACGUUCUUAACAAAUCCAACAGACACACUGCUGAACGUCUUCUUGGCCAUCGCUGUGGAUAAUCUGGCAAACGCUCAAGAACUUACAAAGGAUGAAGAAGAAGAGGAGGAGUUUUUCAACCAGAGGUAUGCCAGAGGGAGAGACGGCUUAAUAUCGGAUGGGAGACGCAGACCCUACCUGUACAGGAAGCGGGCCAUCCACAGAGGCCGACCCAACGUCCCGGAGGAGGCUGAUGCUGGCUUCGUGGCCCCGGACGAGCAGCCUCUUAACAGUUCUAAAGCUUUCUCUAAUCGCCGUGAGCGACGGAGGAAAGUCAACAUGUCUGUGUGGGAGCAACGGGCCAAUCAGCUUCGCAAACGGCGUCAGAUAGCCAGUCGAGAGGAGUUAUUCAGCGGUCCCACAGAAGACACCGCAGAGACCCCCACUGUUCCUGCCCUGUCUCCAGAAGGGAAGCCAGCCCACCUGCCAGAGUCACCCAUGUCCGAAUCAGACCCACCCAUGUCUAUCACCAUUCCCAUCCCAGAGCCCCCCACCUCAGAGCCUCUGGUCAACAUCUCAGAGGAGAAAGCCCCACCAUCCAAUCACCGCAGCGCAGGGGCCACCAGGCACAGAAUGGCCCGUAAGUUCAGACACAGUCAGGGGCCGGAGGACGGGGCGCGGCACCGGAGACACCGGCACAGAGAGGCCCGAGCCGAGGCCAAGAGUCUGGACUGUACACUGGCUCCAAACGAGGAGUUGCGGGUCAAGAGGUCCCUCAGCCAGGACCCACGAGUGCUGGAUGAGCAGGAUGAAAAGGAGGAAGAUCGAGAGAAAACAGACGUUGUACAUGACGAGGAUGGAACGUGUAUCGUGAAUCCAUAUGCUGAAGUGGGAGACAACAGCAGAAAAUCUUCCCACAUCGACUCGGACACCACAGACCAGUCUCAGUGCCAGCCGCUGGUUGACUGUAACUGGUUGGGUUAUUCUGAUGGUCAAUCUGAUCCGUUUGAGCCACAGCCAACUCCACAAGAAGCCACAGAGUACAGCGUCUGCAACACAGAAACCGACAACCACCCCAGAACCACCGGAUCCUUCAAGCAUCACAAAGUAGAGGGCAGUGUGGCCAUUGACAUGUCUUCUCAGCCUCUGCUGGAGCUCACACCCAUGACAGUGAGCGGGAAGGAGCUGGAGGUUUACCAGUGUGAACAAAACGCAAAAGAUGAUGAUGAAACAGACGAUGAUGACGAUGAUGAGGAUGAUGAUGAGGAACCACCACCCUUACCUCCACCCAAGCCGCCAGUCCCCGACAGCAUGUUUGUCUUCAAGGCCUCUAACCCCAUCAGGAGGAUCUGUCACUAUGUUGUAAAUCUGCGAUACUUUGAGAUGAGCAUCCUUCUGGUGAUUGUGGCGAGCAGCAUCGCUCUGGCAGCGGAGGACCCAGUGUGCACCAACUCAGAGAGAAACAAGGUCCUGCGUUACUUUGAUUACGUCUUCACCGGAGUGUUCACCUUCGAGAUGAUCAUAAAGAUGAUCGACCAAGGCCUCAUCCUUCACGACGGUUCAUAUUUCCGCGACAUGUGGAACUUGUUGGACUUCAUCGUGGUGGUGGGAGCUCUCAUCGCCUUUGCCCUAACGAACAACAAAGGACGAGAUAUCAAGACCAUCAAGUCCCUCCGAGUUCUGCGGGUUCUGCGGCCCCUGAAAACCAUCAAAAGACUCCCAAAACUUAAGGCGGUUUUUGAUUGCGUGGUCACGUCCCUUAAAAACGUCUUCAACAUCCUGAUCGUGUACCAGCUCUUCAUGUUCAUCUUUGCUGUGAUCGCCGUGCAGCUUUUCAAAGGGAAGUUCUUCUACUGCACCGACGGCUCCAUGAACACAGAGAAGGAAUGCCAAGGUUACUACAUCGACUACAGCCGCGACAAGAAGGAGGUGAAGAGGCGGGAGUGGAGGAGGCACGAGUUUCACUAUGACAACGUCUGCUGGGCUCUCCUCACGCUGUUCACGGUGUCGACUGGAGAGGGGUGGCCACAGGUUCUCCAACACUCCACAGAUGUCACCGAGGAGAACAUGGGCCCCAGUCGAGGGAACCGCAUGGAGAUGUCCGUCUUCUACGUGGUCUAUUUUGUGGUCUUCCCGUUCUUCUUUGUCAACAUCUUCGUGGCUUUGAUCAUCAUCACCUUCCAGGAGCAGGGAGACAAGAUGAUUCAGGAGUGCAGCCUGGAGAAGAACGAGAGAGCUUGCAUCGACUUUGCCAUCAGCGCCAAACCCAUGACCCGCUACAUGCCUCAGAACAGACAGACGGUUCAGUACAGGCUGUGGCAUUUUGUGGCCUCGCCCUCCUUUGAGUACACCAUCAUGGUCAUGAUCGCUCUCAACACCGUGGUGCUCAUGAUGAAGUACCACUCAGCUCCGACUGCGUACGACUAUAUUCUAAAGCAUCUGAACACGGCCUUCACUGUGCUCUUCUCUAUGGAGUGCAUCCUGAAGAUCAUGGCCUUUGGUUUUGUGAAUUAUUUUCGAGAUACUUGGAACAUUUUCGACUUCAUCACUGUACUUGGCAGUAUUACAGAAAUAGUGGUAGAUUUGCAGUCUGUCAACACUAUCAACAUGAGCUUCCUGAAGCUGUUCCGAACUGCCAGGUUGAUCAAGCUGCUGAGACAGGGCUACACCAUACGCAUACUUCUCUGGACCUUCGUGCAGUCUUUUAAGGCUCUUCCUUAUGUCUGCCUUCUGAUCGCGAUGCUGUUCUUCAUAUAUGCCAUCAUUGGAAUGCAGGUUUUUGGAAACAUCAAACUCAACGACGACAGCCACAUCAACCAACACAACAACUUUAAAACCUUCUUCAGUGCCCUCAUGCUGCUGUUUAGGAGUGCCACUGGGGAGUCGUGGCAGGAGAUCAUGCUGUCCUGUCUGUCGGGGCGGGAGUGUGAGCCGGACGACUCCCUGGAGCCUUUCACCAUGUCCCCAGACCAUGAAGGAGGCUGCGGCACUGACUUUGCCUACUGCUACUUUGUCUCUUUCAUAUUCUUCAGUUCCUUCCUGAUGCUGAAUCUGUUUGUGGCUGUAAUCAUGGACAACUUUGAGUACCUGACCCGGGACUCCUCCAUCCUCGGCCCUCAUCACUUGGAUGAGUUUGUCCGAAUCUGGGGAGAGUAUGACCGUUUGGCCUGUGGGAGAAUUCACUACACUGCUAUGUAUGAGAUGCUAACACACAUGUCACCGCCACUGGGACUGGGCAAAAAAUGUCCGGCCAAGAUUGCGUAUAAGAGGCUGGUGCUGACGAACAUGCCUGUGGACGAGGACAUGACCGUGCACUUCACCUCCACUCUGAUGUCGCUCAUCCGCACUGCUCUGGACAUCAAGAUUGCCAGAGGUGGGGAAGACCGCGUGGCUCUGGAUACGGAGCUGCAAAAGGAGAUCAGCAUCAUCUGGCCCUACCUCCCUCAGAAGAAUCUGGACCUGCUGGUGCCCAUCAACAAAGAUACAGACAUGACCGUGGGGAAGAUCUACGCUUCCAUGAUGAUUAUGGAUUACUUCAAACUAAACAAGGCCAAGAAGCUCAGGCAGCAACUUGAAGCCCAGAAGAGUAGCCUGAUGUUCAAACGCCUGGAUUCUUCGUCUCUUCCUGAAGACAUCCUGUCCAACACGCAGACGCUGCCCAUGAUGGCCCACAGCGCCGGAUCCGCUUUGACCAGAGGAGGAUUCGUGGCUCUGAGUCCCAUCUCACCACAGGAACUCUUUUUGCAGCCGAUCAGCUCUGAGGUUGAUUCGACUCCAACAGAGAAUCUGGUGGUCCAGUGCACUCGGGGGCUUGUUGUCCCUCUGGAGCUGCUGGGCCGGGGCCUGUGCUCGCGGGCCUCGUCCAUGCCGCGUCUGGCUGUAGAGCUGCAGCAGGAAGAAGGAUCCAGUGACCCGCUGAAGCGCUCGGUGUCGACGGUGGGCGAUGAGCGAGUGAACGGGCUGUGGCAGGAUGAGCCGAGUCCGCAGAGGCUCUACCGGCCACGGCACAAGAGCUACAAGUGUGCGGUGUCACGGUCGGAGCGGCAGCAGUCGGAGCGCGAACGCCGUCACCUGCUCUCCCCUGACCGCUGCAACUCAGCAGAGAGGAGCCAGCCGGCCUCUCGCAGCUCCAGUGUGGAGCGAGUGCACGCAGACGACAAGCAGGGCAACAGCUCUGACAGCCCAGUGCCCUCCACAUCAGAGUCCAGCACCCCCAGUGGUCGGAGGCCCAUGUCCCGGCCACACAUCUCCUACUCUCCUCUGGCCAGCCGCCCUCAGCCCGAAGACGAGGACGAGCCCGCCAGCCCAGAGACCAUCCGCAGAGUCAAGUCCAAGAGGGAGACUAAAGAGAGCAAAGCAGAGCGGAGGAGAAACGCCUCCCCCCUCCGCCGCUUCCCCUCAGAGCCUUUCCUAGCCUCGCAGGAGCAGGACGACGAGCAGAGUCCAGACCCCACCGGACCCAUAGAGACCCUGACCUUUGAGGCGGCUGUGGCCUGCAGCCUGGGCCGCUCCAACACCAUCAACAUAGCGGCGCGCACUCGGACUGGCUGGCAGGUCCCCAACGGACACUUCCGUAAGCGUCUGGCACAAACCACAUCUGUGGGAGGCUGCGAUGCCCUGAGUGACACUGAAGAAGACGACCGGUGCUAG